AUGUUGUCCGCUCAGAAUUUAUCGCCACAUAUCACAAAGGAACAGCGACUGCUUCCAAAUCAUGCCUCUCUCAACAAGUAUGAGAUCAUACGUAUCAUGGGAGAGGGUUCAAACACUAUGGUCUAUGAAGCAUUUGAUAAGGUCGCGCAGGAAUCCGUCGCAAUAAAAAUAGUCGCCAGAGACGGCCUUCAUCACAGUCAAGAGGAACAGGUCUUGAGAGAGAUUGCAUUGCUACGCCGAUUCUCUCAUCCUCAUAUCGUACGCUUCUUGACCUUUGUCGACACUCCAACACACAUAUGUAUAGUUUUGGAGCUACUCUCCUCGGGUGAGCUUUUUGGCAAGCUACGUGAUAUGAGAUGCGGUCUACCAGAGUCCGCUGCUCGUCACGUCAUCAAACAGAUUGCUUGUGCUGUCAAGUAUCUGCACGACCGCGGAACAGUUCAUCGAGACAUCAAGCUCGAAAACAUAUUAUACCAACCAUCUACAGAAUCUGUAAACUCGAUUGCAUAUAGUGAUGCUAGAGAUGCGGCAGUUCUCGGGAUUGGAAUGGUGAAAUUGUGUGAUUUUGGUCUGUCAAAGGAAAUCUUUGAUGCCACUACACAAACCCCUUGUGGGACUAUUGGCUAUACAGCUCCAGAGAUACUACAGGACCAACAAUAUCAUUUUGAAGUAGAUAUCUGGGCAUUAGGCUGUGUAAUGUAUACAGUAUUGUGUGGCUUCCUACCAUUCUCUGACGGAGACUCUGGACGAUUGACGGACAAGAUUACACGAUGUGAAUAUACAUUUAUACAGCCAUUUUGGGAACAUGUCUCGCCUCAAGCCAAGGAUUUGAUCUCUCAAUGUCUCAAAGUACCAUCAUCCGCUCGACCCACCAUUGAUCAAUUCAUGGCUCAUCCUUGGUUUUCCAUCGAUGCUGCUAGAACAGGAGGUACAUUGCACAACCCUCUAGCUAUAAAUGAUAAUAGGUCUACCGACAUCCGAGCUCUUCCACCGACUUCACGGCCACUACCGCAGCCCUUGACGAGACAAAUCUCACCGCUCAAUCAAAUAUAUCCUCGUACCGAUAUUCGUAGUAUACCAGCUCUAGCCAGAGUAGCUGGACUCGGUGCUUCAAAGCCGCCGCCGCAUCGUACAGUCCGUCGUGUACCAAUGAAGGCAGCCCAAAUAGGUGGUCAAUGGCCAACGUUACCUGACGUAUUGAGAACGCCAAUUACAGAAGACUUGCCUAUACUCCUCAACACUCCUGAUGUCAUCUGUCCAGAAGUCGUCAAUGGUGGUAUGGUUGGUAUUCUAAAUCAAGAUACGUCCGAUAAUACCAGCAGCUCCGAAUCACGAGAACGAGAAGGAUCUCCUGUAUCUCCAUCUGUUGAAUUGUCACGACUAUCUCUCGAUACUACCCCACGACCACCUGCAGCUAGACCACCCGUGGCUCCUGUAUCAUCUGGUUUAGUAGGAGCGACGCCAGCAAAUCCACGUCGACUAGCUCAGGUCGUAUAUGAACCAUUAGCACCUGUAAGACUGUCCAAGAGGUCUGCAUCUGAUUUGAGUGCGUCCUCGAGCCAAGACGAUGAAGUCACCAGCAAUGAUAGUAUCAAUAUGAAUAUAAGUAUGGACGACAACUACAAUAUGGAUAGUGAAAGUGAUAGCAGUGAUUCUGACGAUGAUCAAAAUGCUCGUCGUGUACGUGCUCGAGCUUCAUGGACUAUUGCUCCUAUAGUAGAUGCUCCAGCCAGUGUCAACGCCUCUGCUGCUGAUACUGUAGCUCAAGCCAUGUUUGGUCAAAAUCAAGUAUCAAAUGCAUUGAUAUCUGCAUUUCCUCCAAGGAGGGCACGUGCUCGAACUGCAUCGUCACAUAAAGUAUUAUUCAAUGAACCCCAAUCAUCAGCUGUUGGUAAUAGUGGCAUGAGUGUAGGUAGUGACUGGUCUCGGUUGAGGACAACGAGUGUCCCAUCGUUGAUUACUGCUCAAGAACUGCCACCUGUCGAUCUGCAAAAUCGCGAAGCUUGGGCUGCUAUUCAACGGCGUAUGAAUAAUGCUCCAAAGGCACCCACCAUGGCUGUAUCGCUUGACGAUAUUGGUGAAGACUUUGUAUCCGCUCCACCACCUGUCGUGGAUACGGAAGAAGAUGCAUCACAAACGCCAAGGCCUCAUCUUCCAUCUGUAAAAUGGAACGAAACUGUAUCUGUACUAGGUUCAACUCCAUCAGACUGGGAUGCUUCACGACGUCGACGUCAUACAGUACAGCAUCCAUGGGCACCUCCUCGUGUUAUGUCCGAUAUAUCUCGAGAAGUUGGCGGUGAUGAUUAUGAUCUCGACGAAUCAUCCAUGACAUCUAUGCCACCAAUGCCAAUAAUGCCACCUUUGGAAUGGCUGCCACGACGAAACAGUUCAAACAGUGGCAAAUCGUUUACCGCAGCUACUACUACCGCACCAGCACCAAUAGCAGCAGCGGCAGGACCUUCUGAAUCAAUGAAUCCAGCAAACGUCAUUCCAACUCAUUUACGUCAACCACGAGCACGAGCUCGAACAACUUCAGUCAAUCGAGUACUCUUCCGAAACAAUCCGAUGUCGGCAUUAUGGAAGGAUCCCGUUACUGGCAAUGCGGAAAUGAAUGGUGGGACUAGUCCUGGUCUCAAUAGUAGUGGUUUUAGUAGUAGCAGUAGUAGUGCCCGAUCUCGAGCUAAAAGUUAUGGAGUACCAUCGUUGAUUCCAGUUGAAGAGGAAGAACAGCCAGUGAUGUCUUUGGAUGAUGUAGAUGGAUGGGCAGCAAUGCAAGCUCGAUUGAAUGCUGGGCGUAACAGAGGUGAUGCUAACAACAACCGCAACAAUAUCAACAUCAACAAUAAUCUCAACAUCAUCAGUCUCAAUAGUAACUGGGACAGGAAGAUCAGCGUGAACAACAAUAGCAAUGACAAUAACAUUAAGGAUGCCAGCAAUCACGUCGGUGGCGCUACUGUAAUGGCAAACGCAAACUCACCACCGCCAGUCCACAAAUCAUCACCACCAUCCGUCGACUCUAUAGUCAAGAAUAAUAACAACAAACCCGGUAUCCAUCCUGCACCAUUGGCUAGUCCUCCAUCUGUAAAACUUGAGGUUGCUAGUGAAGGUCGUUUCGCACUACAACUUGGGAACUCGACCAUUCUAAGUCGUCGACGACGUGAAACUCACGACUAG